AUGUCGACUGCUCUACCUACCAAUGCUGCCCCAUCCAAAGAGCUUACAAGUAAGGACUAUUACUUUGAUUCGUACUCACACUUUGGCAUUCAUGAGGAAAUGCUCAAGGAUACCGUGCGUACCAAAGCCUACAUGAAUGCCAUUCUACAGAGCAAGAACUUGUUUAAGGACAAAGUGGUGCUGGAUGUGGGUUGUGGUACUGGUAUUCUAUCCAUGUUUGCUGCCAAGGCUGGUGCCAAGCACGUGUACGGCGUCGAUUGUUCAAGUAUCCUGACGCAGGCGCGCGAGAUCGUCAAGGCCAAUGGCUUCGCAGACACGAUCACGCUCAUUCAAGGCAAAAUGGAGGAGCUCACGUUACCUGUGGACAAGGUGGACAUCAUCAUUUCCGAGUGGAUGGGCUACUUUUUACUCUAUGAGUCCAUGUUGGACACGGUGCUCUAUGCCCGCGACAAAUACCUCGUGCCCGGCGGGCUCAUGUUCCCGGAUCACUCGACUCUCUACAUUGGUGCCAUUGAGGACGGAGACUAUAAGGCUGAGAAGCUUGAGUUCUGGGACAAUGUGUACGGAUUCGACAUGAGCUGCAUCAAAGAUAUUGCUAAGGUUGAGCCACUGGUGGAUACUGUGGGGAGUGACGCACUCUUGACGGAUGUGUGCCCUAUUCUAGACAUUGACCUGACCACAGUGACAAAAGAUGAGCUGGCCUUCUCAUCUACGUUCAAGCUGACCGCCUUUCGCCAGGAUUUCUGCCACGCACUGGUGGCGUACUUUGACUGCACGUUCUCGGCUACACACAAGAAGCUCAGUUUUUCAACGGGACCCAAAGCCGAGUAUACGCACUGGAAGCAGACUGUGUUCUACUUGGAGGGAGAGCUUGCUUGCAGCCCUGGUGAGGUCAUCGAGGGCGAGCUGACGUGCAAACCCAAUGCGUCCAAUCCGCGUGAUCUGAACAUCGAUAUCAAUGUGCGCUUUGAUGGCGCCAGCGGUUCGUACAGCAAGUUUCACGAGUUCAAAUUGCGCUAA